UUUAGAAAUUUAUUUACAAUCUCUCUUUCUUAACGCACGCGCGUAUUAUAUUUUCAAUAACUAUAUAUAAACACCUGUUAUGAACGCUCGCGCUCAAUGAUACCAUUAAGCAUUCACGGAGAAACAUGUUAUUUCUCAGGAAAGUCAAUAUUGUAAUUUCAACAAUAAUUACCUGUCAACAAUCUGACAAGAAUGAAUAUAUGGAGUUGAAACUAAUAUUUGAUAUCAUAUCCUUUUAGUAAUAAAAACCAGAGAAAGAAAGAGAGUAUACUGCAAUAAAUAUUAAUAAAGCAGUGUUUUUCUUCUUCGCUCGCAACUCAUUUAAAAUCAUUUGAAAUUUAUUUAGACGAAGAAAAUGUAUUGUAAUGUAGAUGUUGUGGUACUUUUUAUAUAUCUCUAAUUUUACUUAUCUUCAUUUCUAAUAAUAUUUAAAAUAUACCAACCGAAAAUGUGCAUGCAAUGGAACAACAAUAAUGAAUGAUGAAUCAUCGAUAAUGUCUCGAAUAAAGUUUUUCACUUUAUUCUUGUGAUUCUCUUUGUGUUUGAUCGAUUACUCGUAGAAAAGCAACAAAAAAAUAUAGAUCGAAUUGUUUUGUUCACAAAUACGAUACAACUAAAUUAGAAGAUCGAUUGAAAGAUGGAGGUAAAACGAGUAGAAGAAAAAAGGAAAAUUCUGUUUAACAAUAAACUUUGCCAAGCAAUCUUUCCGAUAUAUUACCUUGGUAAAUUGUGUGGCUUGAUUCCAGUAAGAUUUUUUGUGCAUACUUCUGAAGGAUGUCAGGCUCGUUUAAAUAUUAUAGAUCUUAUCUAUAGUUUAUGUGUACUUAUAUUACUACUUAGUGCGGAAAUUUGGGGUUUGUGGCGAGAUUUAAAAGAUGGUUGGGAAUAUAGUACCAGAUUAAAAUCUCGAACAGCAGUAAUCGCAACUUGUAGUGAUGUACUUGGGGUAAUGAGUUUAACUGUGGUUUGUAUUGUUGGUUCUCCUUUCCGUUGGAAAUAUUUGCAACUUGUUAUAAACAAAUUAAUUGAGGUGGAUGAAAAGAUCGGUGUAUCAUCUGCAAAAACGGCUCGAAGAUUCACAAUUGUACUAACAAUAUGUAGCCUAAGUUAUCUCUGGUUCAAUUCAAUUAUAGAUUUUUACACAUGGAAUCGUAAAACAAAAGUCAAUAAUAAAGCGAUGACCGGCAAAGGUCCCAUUAAUUAUGCACCUCUAUAUUUCAUGUAUACAGUAAUUAUUUCGACAGAAAUUCAAUACAGUGUCUCAACAUAUAACAUAGGACAAAGAUUCAUUCGUUUAAAUACUAGUCUCAAGGAUUUGUUUAAUGCAAAUAGCAACAACAAUGACAAUGCAAUGGAUUAUUUUCGAAAAUAUCCUGAGACAGCUGAUGAUAUAGACGACAAAAAAAGAUGGAACCUCAAACCAAAACGUCAAAUUGUAUUAGGCAGCUAUAGACUAUCGCGAAAAUUAGAUGAAAAUAAAAUGUACGUAAACAACAUAUCUGAAUUGAUAAUGGUUCAUUCUUCGCUUUGUGAUGCAGUCUCUCUUGUAAACAGUACAUUUGGUGUUGUGAUAUUGGCUGUUACUGUAACCUGUUUAUUACACCUAGUCAUCACACCAUAUUUUUUAAUAUUACAAGCUGGUGAAAGACAUGAAUGGAUAUUUCUGAUUGUACAAGGUGGAUGGUGCAUCUUUCAUAUAACUAGAAUGCUGAUAAUUGUUCAACCUAGUUAUUCUACAAUUGCAGAGGGAAAAAAAACGGCAGUUCUCGUUAGCCAGUUACUUUCUUGUAGUUUUGAAGCAAAUGUCCGACGCGAAUUAGAAAUAUUUUCGCUUCAAUUGUUGCAUCGGCCUCUCGAAUUUUCAGCAUGCGGACUUUUUUCCUUGGAUAGAAAUUUAAUAACAUCGAUUGCGGGAGUUGUGACGACGUAUCUUGUUAUUCUGAUACAAUUUCAAAAUGCAGAUGACACAAAGGACGACUUCGAUAUUAUAAGAAAUGCAACACAGAUUUUAAAGAAUGCAUCACCGCUUCAGAAUUUUACCGGAUUGAAGACCAUUGUAUAAAAACCAACUAAUUGCAAUUAUACGCAUAAGCGAGAGAAAGAGAAAGUGAAAACAAAAAAACAAUCGCAUAUUGCGAUAAUGACAUUUAAUAUACCAAUUUUCGUAAAUAGCGGUAAUAUACAAAUACAGAUUACUCGUAUCAUUAUUCAACUACUAAUAAUAAGGAGUUGUUUCAUCGAUCGAUCGAUUUAUUUAAUUAAAGAGCACACCUCAUAUG